AUGGAAGCGAUUAACAUACUUGUGCUUGGCGAUCCACUAUUUGGAAAAUCAUUACUAGCUGAGCGAUUUGCUAUGGCGACUGGAAACUACUGUGUGAUAGAGUAAGUAAAUCACAUUUUAAAUAAUCUUUAAAUUUUGACUUAGCUUUAGUCCUUAUCCCUAGCCCAGAAGCCCGAGAGCCCAUGCCCAUGCCCAUGCCCAUGCCCAUGCCUUAACCCUAGAAAACUUAAGUUAAAACGUAGGCUUAUAUUAUAUUUUUUAGGCCAUACAUUUACAAAGUAAUGCAACAAAUCGAUGGAAGUACUAUUCAGUUUUCACUUAUGAACAUACCAAAUGAAGAUAUUCGUCAAGAAGACUUUGUUAAAGCCAACGCUGUCUUGAUGGUGUUUGAUGAAGAUGACGUUGAAUCCUUGGAGAGGCUACAGAGGUUGUGGACGGAGCAUUUUGAAGCUAUGUGUGAAUCUUCUUUGGUCAUCCUUUGUGGUACGUUAGAAAAUGGCAAGAACUUUAUUUACAAAAUAAAAAACGGCAAAAACUUUCUUUACGAAAAUUAAAACGGCAAGAACUUUCUUUACAAGACCUAAAAUGGCAAGAACUUCUUUACGAAACAAAAAAUGGCAAGAACUUUCUUUACAAAACCUAAAAUGGUACGGACUUUCUUUACAAGACCUAAAAUGGCAAGAAAUUUUUUUAAAUGAGUCUAAAUGGCAAAUACUUUCUUUACAAACAAUUUUGUAGGUAUCACCAGCUAUGUGCAUCGAGACCGCCUCUUUUACCACAAUAAUGCCACAAGACAGGAAAUUGAAGAUUUUAAGGACAAAACAGAAGCGACCGCCUACUUCAGUGUUGACCUGGGAAGCCAAGAGCAAAUCUUUCAAGUGUUUGACAGGUUCUACAACGAAACCUUUGUACCUAAACCAAGGAAGCGAGAGAGAAGUUUGUCGUUGAAGUCUUUGAAAAGCUUGAAGUUUUGGUGA